AUUCUGGAUAACAGUUUAUCAAACAUAUCUAAUAAGUCUUCGCCGACUAAAUGCAGUCAACGAAGUUGAAAUGGUUAAAGAGUCGCCUCUACGAGCACGCGGAGAAUAUCACUGAGCACAGCACGGAAGUGCACGUCAAUAUAUCACGCUUAUGAAUAUGAGACCGAAAGUAACUUUAACUUGCCGAACCCCUGCUCUAGUUCAAAGACAAACGGGUUUUGUAACACUUAAAAAUGGCAAAUCGAAAAGAUGAUAUAAUGAAACUUUGCUGUGAAAUCUCCGCAAGUAAGAAGAUAAAAGCAGCAUUUAAAAACUCAGCGAAAGGAGCUGCAGUUGCUGGAGGAACUGCUUUUGUUGGAGGGCUCCUCGGUGGUCCAGCAGGCAUCGCUGUUGGUGCUGCUGUGGGAGGUGUGCUGGGAGGAUGGAUGACCAGCGGCCAAUUCAAGCCUCUUCCUGAGAUCCUCAUGGAAAUGGCUCCUGCACAGCAGGAGCAACUGUACUCUGAUGUCAUGGCCAUAUUGGGUACACUGAAGUGGACUGACGUUCCUCAGCUAAUAGCUCAAGUUAAUGGGAAUGCCACUCUACAUGAGCAGGUCCUGGGUGCCAUACUCAAUUAUACUAAAAACCAACUCAAAGCUGAUGUGCGGUAUGAAGACUGACCGCUGGAGAGUAAAUGUCACUGGUUUUAGUUUUAGUGCAUAGAUUUCUCUUUUACUGGGGGAUACUUUCAGCCACUGAUUUUAAACUUUUUAACUGUUUUUUAUCUUUUAAGUAUGCUUAUGGAUGUUAGGGCAUUACAAAUUCUAAAUAUAUUAAUGUCAGAAGACCGAAACACUGACUUAUUUGUUAGAGCUAGUUUCAAUGCUUAAGGACAAGCUUGAAGAACAAGUUGUGACUAUUUCGCAUUCUUCAUGUCAUAUACAUGUCAUAUGUUUAAAACACUAUAGAAUGUAUAAAAUGUCACUAUGUGAAAGUAGAAUAUUAUAGGCUUACAUGUUUAUGCUACACAGUUUACAAAUCAGAAAUAUAGGCAUGAUCAAAAGCACAUACUCUCUUCAUUCAAGUUGUCAAUGCAAAAUGUGUAAUGUAGGUGUCACUGCAUAUUGAGAUGAAUGCAUAAAGAAAAACAUAAAAGCGA